CACUGCAAAAAGGUGGAGAAGCAGCACGCACGCCAAACUGUCGUGUUGAAGUAAAACCGAAGACAGAAAAAAAGAGCUGAACUCUGGUCUGGUGUUGGUUUCGCUUAGAACGAUUUUUUUUCCUCCGUUGUCUGUUUCCUUCCUGAAUCGCAGGAAAAAUCGCCCAAAGCGUAGUGCUAAAAAUACCUGAAGGCAGAUGAUGAAGUCAUAUUCAUAUCGCUCGGCGAACGCAACAGACAACUAACUAGAGAGAGUGAUUCGAAUACGUCGGACUAAUCGCUGUAUGUUCUAUCAAGUGUUUUGUGGUGCUCGUUGGCGUUUUGGGUUGUGUGGCAAGGUUGCAAAAUUAUUGUGCGGAGGAUUGCCCCGUUCGAUUAAUUAGCGUUGCAAUUUGUGCAAUCGAAUCAAUCGGGAGUGUUAGGAGGUGAUAUACUUGAACCUUUCAAGGGACAGAAAACGACCGAUCCAGGCCUUCGGUAGGCAGUGAGGAGUAACCAACAAUUUCUCAUUCCACCAUCAUGAGCAAAGACGCCCCGCCGGCCUACGGCUUCGUCCUGGCGCCCUCGGCCCCGCCCAGCUAUGCCCAGGCAGUGGGAGGAGUUCCGCCGGCCAGCCCAUUCACACCGAACGUACCUCAGACGCAGCAGCAAACCGGGCCAACGAUUAUCACCACGGUCGUACCGCUAGGACCCCAGGCAACGCACAUGAUCUGCCCAAGCUGCCAUGCCGAGAUCAACUCUCAGACAACCACUUCGCCCGGCCUGAUCGCUUACGUUUCCGGCUUCUUGAUAGCUCUCUUUGGAUGCUGGCUUGGAUGCUGUCUCAUUCCGUGUUGCAUUGACGAGUGCAUGGAUGUUCAUCACACUUGUCCCCACUGCAAGGCCUAUCUCGGACGCCACCGACGAUAAACGGGAUUCACCUGGCCCCAACCUUUCACAGGAAAGGAGACGGAGAAAAAACACACACAAAAACUUAAAAGAAGAGAAAAAAAACGAAACAUCACAAUUAUUGUAUAACAAUUACCUACAUCACGCAGUUAAUAGCAUGCUAAAAACAUGUAAAAUUUAUGUCUAGUACGAAUCGUUACGAUGUUUGAUAAGCGUAGUAGAUUCAAACUUUGUGCCACCCGCCGGAAAUAACAAAAAAAAAAUUACAACAACGGAAUCUUUAUCGUCUUACUUAUAUUGCAUGUGUCUGUGUGAGUGUGAGCAUGAAAGUCACAUCCACGAAAAAAAAGUACCUACACUCACAGAAAUAUUGAAGCCACUGCAACCAUGCUAUUGUUUCGAGGAAUCAGUCAGUUCGGCAGAAAAUAUUUCCUCAAAGAAACUCAUUGGAACCACAAAGCGCUGGAUGAUUUCUUCGAAACAAUUAUAUUCCAGCCAAAAUUGUCAUCGUUUAUUAAAUCCGGUAGAAAAGCAAUUUUUGUAAAGGAAGUUAUGUCGAACUUUCAAUUUUAACAUUAAAAUGGCUUUACACAUUCGAGUAACAAACUACAUACACAAUGCCUUACAAGUAUUGGAAGGCAUCGAAAGGCGCUUUGCCUUUAAAAACAGAAGAAAAAAAAAACAAAUAUUAAAAAGUUUUCAAUUUACCAUCGCCGCUCGGUAUCCAACAAUUUUGACUUAGUUUUCCACUAGUUCAUAUAUUUCAAGUUUUCCCUUCUGCUCUGCUCUUACCAAUUAGUUAGAAUAUAACUUAUUAUCUCGUUAAUGUUAAAUGAUGCGGAAAAUGAAACGGCAAACAAAUAACCUCUCGGUAGACCUCUUAUUCGUGAUUAUUGUGGAAUUAAUGAUAUUAUGUUAUUAUUCUGUCCUCCCAAACGUUUCAAAACUGGCUCUAAUCGAUUUCUACAUAAUCUUUGAUUAUUUUUGUAGCUGUAAUAUUGUUAUAACAUCUGCAAACAUGAAUAAACCAAACAUAAUUUUAAUGCCUA